GCAAUUUCCUGAAUAGUUUCUUGUUUCCUUAAGUAUGCGUUGUCUAAAAAUCUAUUUACUGUACUUCAACGACAGAAUUUUCAACACAUCCGUGUAAUUUUUAUGCGUAUUUUGUACGUUGUGUAAAACAUGUUGUAUGGUGGUAUUUAGGGCAAAAUGAGCGGUUCUGAUAAGAAGCCGAAGAUACCGGAGGCGCCGAAGCCGGUGGCCGUGCCAGGGAACCUUCUCUCCAGCGUGGCCCCGCCAGCCCAGCUCCCCAGUUUCAUAACAUCUGCUCCUAUUGCAGCACCGUCUGAACAACCAAAUGUGCCACAGACUAUCCCUGCUCCUCAACCAGUCCAGCCUGUCAUAGUGCAGGCCAAAGAGGAUCCAGACCAAGAAAAGUUCAGUCCAGCUAUCCCACUCAGCAAAGGAGAACCAACUCUCCCUAUUAGGUCACCCGAGGACUCACAAACCACACAAUCUCCAGAUUCCCUGCCUGAAGCAGCUGAUGUUGACCGACUUGGAGACAUCAUGCCAGGCAGUGGCUUAUUCACCUGGGUGAAAGGUGCAGUGGCCACCGGAGGAAUUCUCCACCGUGUGGCUGAGAAAGCCAAGAGUUCUGUGGACACCAUGAUCACCACACUGGAUCCACAAAUGAAGGAAUAUCUCAAGUCUGGUGGUGACUUGUACCUUGUGGUGGCAUCAGACAAAGAAGCCAAGGUUUCACCUAUUAGAGAAGCAUUUCAAACAGUUUUUGGAAAAGCAACAGUUGUAGGUAUCCCAGCGCAAAGUGACGUCACAGCGGCGCAGCCAGUCGGCUACGCGGCUGCGUACGCGGCGGCGAAACAACGCAUCGCGCACGUGCGAUCCACGCGCUCGGAUCUUAAUAACAAUAUUCCGGUAGUGGCUGUGGAAGGGUUCUUACAAGAGACAGUUAGCGACAGAUGGUUCGACAUGUCUCUCCUAGUGUUCUCGCAGCCCUCGCUGGGAAUCGAACUGCAACUUCAGUCUCAAGGCACGCCGGUACCCGGCCCGGCCGUGGCCGCCGCCGACGCCGCCACGCCCAAGGACUAUGAACAUUCGCAGACUGGAUAUAGCGUCACUAUUGGGUCAAUUAUGGCUGCUAACUUACAGGUCCACCACUCGCAAUGGCAGGAGGCCGCGACGGGCGUGUCGAGACGUGAACUUCUACUGUUAGCCGCGAAGUCUCUCGCCGGCUCAUACAAGAGGCUGCUUGCGGUAUCCGCGGCUGAAACGUAGGCUGGCUUGAGGAAGCAGAGAAGCGGAAUGGAAGACGAUAAGAUCUACUACUGUAAUUGUAUUUAAAUGUAAA